AAGAAAUGAGUGGCCAUCCAUUACAGCGUGUCGUUUUGUUGCAUAUCAAAUGGACAAACAUGGGAGUUGCUCAAUGUUCACUUAUAAAGGAAAAAACGGGCCAUUUGAUUAUUUUAGAACUGCUUUGUAUUUAUACGAAAAGGUUAAUUAUUGGAAAUUGCUCCAAGAAAGUGCCCUCAAAGUUGAAACAAAUAAACUGUACAAAAUUGUUGAUAUUAAAAAAGUUUUGCAAAAUAUUGUUGGAAUAGAACCGUCCGUCGUUUGUAAAAACAGAAAAUCUAUUUAUGAAAUUAGAUUUUGUUACGACACGAAUUCUAAUAAAUAUGACCCUCAAAUGAUAAAAUGUCCCGACAAAAUUUAUUAUUACGACGGUUCAAAGUGUGAUGAAGAAGCCUUAUUUGUGACAUACCCAGAAUUUCUUAGACAUCCAGAGACUAUUCCAAGAAAUAACUGUCCUUAUUGA